AGAAUUAUACCCGAAGGAUUAUUUGAAAGUACGAUUAUUUCUUUGUUGCGUAAUUGCGGUGAAUCAGAGGUUGAAUCUAGAAAUAUUAAUAUCGAACCUAAAAAGGUUAAUAUCGAAUCAAGUAUUAUUACAUAUCGACAUGCAGAAUUAAUCACAAAAUGGAUUGAAAAAUUAGAAAUUACAGACGAGAUUACCGCUUCAUAUGAAUUCAAAUUAUUAUCUCGUUCUCAAGGUGGUGAUGUACGUUUCUCAUCUAAAUUUCCGACUAUAACGAUUAUUAAAGUGAAAGGAACUGACGAAAUUCUUGGAGGAUAUAGUCCAAUCGCAUGGCCUCGAGGUACUAUAUUUUACUCUGUGUUCACUUAUAGAACAUCUAAAGAUAGUUUUAUAUUUUCAUUUGAGGAUAUAAUUGAUAUUAAUAGUCAUAUUUUAAGCAGAGUAAAGAAUGAACAGCAUGCUAUAGCGUUUCAUUUUUUUUCUCAUUAUUUUUCAUUUGGUAUAACAGAUCUUUCAAUAGGCUCUUCUUAUGGUAGUUGUCAAAUGAAUGAUUACGAAAAACCGAUCAGAGAAACUGUAGAUAAUUUUGAAAUAGAGAUUUGUGAAAUAUUUUUGAUCACAAAAAUUAAUGGGAAUGAUUAG